CUCUCUGGGAGCACUGAAAAGAAAAGAACUCUGUGGGAGUUUUGAAAUGAUUGAGCCCAUUUCAAAAGAAUUGUUUCAGAUGUAAAACGGUACAACUGUGGAAGUUUUGCACAUCUUUAUUCAGAACCAGCAGUAAAUCAUGCAAAAUGAAUGCCCUCUUAGGAGCCUUGAAGAUGACUUUGCUGCAGGAUAUACAAUGUUCAGAUUGCUAUGCCAAAGGCAAUGCAGGAGUUAGAAAAGCUAUAGCCAGUAGAUCUGAAGAACAUCUGUCAAAGGAAGACUGAUGUAUACAGUACAACUAUGUUAACUAUCUAAAGGGGAGCCAGCUUUGCAAGAGGGCAGCUUAUAUACACAAGAAAGACGGAAUGGCAAGAAGAGGCUUUAAAUUCAAUAGUUUGGUGAAACAGCAAUGCAAUGCAAACUAAAGCUGAAUUUUUAAUUUCCUACCAAACAUCCCCAGUAAAGGGAGGGGAAAGAAGACAGCAAGACUUGCUCCAAAACAUACAUAUUUUAUGGUACAUUUUAGGAUUACAAAUCCUUAAUCUAUCUCAUAACGUCAUAAAAUAGUCUUUAGGCGGCCGCCUUACAAAUGUGCAUAGGAAAAAGCGCUUUGCGGCUUGGUGAAAACGUCUUCGGAGCCGCCUUAGACUUCAACGCCAACCCCAGAAAUUCGAGUCCCUCUCGCGAAAGAGAAGCCAGGUCGGGAACCCGCACAGCCCGGGAAACACCUGGCCCCUCUUGCAAGCUGCGCACCUUCGGCCUCCCGGUUGCUCUUUUAAGCUCUCCCUCCUCCUCCGUCGCUCACGGCGUUGCCCGUUUAAGGCCGCCUCAUUCGGGUGUGCAGAGCAGAGGCUGGGCUUGCCGGAUCCGAAAGAAGGAGGGAGGGGAGGGAUCGGCGAAAGCCAGUCUCGCCAGCAGGAUGGCGGAGAAACGCGUGUCCCGCUGGUACUUCGGGGGCCUGGCCUCUUGCGGGGCGGCGUGCUGCACGCACCCGCUGGAUUUACUCAAGGUUCAUCUGCAAACUCAGCAGGAAGUGAAGAUGCGCAUGACAGGGAUGGCGCUACGUGUGAUUCGCAACGAUGGUUUUCUAGCUCUCUACAAUGGGCUCAGUGCCUCGCUUUGCCGACAAAUGACGUACUCUCUCACCCGCUUUGCCAUCUAUGAGACAGUGCGAGACAGCUUGAGCCAGGGUGCCCAGGGGCCAUUGCCCUUCUACCAGAAGGUGCUGCUAGGUGCAGUAGGAGGAUUUACCGGUGGAUUCGUGGGGACCCCAGCUGAUAUGGUGAAUGUCAGGAUGCAGAAUGACAUUAAGCAGCCAGCACAUCUGCGACGCAACUACUCCCAUGCCUUGGAUGGCCUGUAUCGGGUGUUUCGUGAAGAGGGUGUGAGGAAAUUGUUCUCAGGAGGAACAAUGGCAUCCAGCAGAGGAGCCUUGGUUACCGUUGGACAGCUCGCUUGCUAUGACCAGGCAAAGCAGUUGGUUCUUGGGACCGGUUUACUCACUGACAAUAUUUUUACUCAUUUCCUGGCCAGUUUUAUUGCCGGAGGAUGUGCUACAUUCCUGUGUCAACCCUUGGAUGUGCUAAAAACACGACUUAUGAAUUCCCAAGGCGAAUAUCGGGGUGUCAUGCAUUGUGCAGUGGAAACGGCCAAGCUUGGGCCAUUGGCUUUUUAUAAGGGCCUUGUUCCUGCCGGCAUUCGCUUGGUCCCUCAUACUGUGCUCACUUUUGUCUUCCUGGAGCAACUACGCAAAUACUUUGGGAUUAAAGUAUUGACCUAAGGGAGAAGAGACCUGUUAAGAGUUAAAAAAAGAUGGGGAACAGGGACUACAGAGUUCCAGAAUUGUUGGGUGUCAUAUUCUUUCCCUCCUUGAGGGGCAGGUACCCCCUUCAGUGCCAGGGCACUGUCUGACAUCUCACAGAAAGUCCUUGUUUGGCAUCUGCUCUUGGCCAGCUCUUCAAUAUGGUUUGGUGCCUACUAGUGGAGUAGCCCACUAGGAUUUUCAGUGACCAGUCCCAAAUACCUCUCUUCCCUGCCCAUCAGCAUCCAGGACCUUUUGAGUGUUGAAGGCUUGCUAAUACCACAGCAUUCCUCAUCAACUCCCAACCUCUCUGUCUCCUUGCCAUAAUAGCCAGCAUUCCAACAGCCAUGUCUGAUUUUUUUUUCUUAUUAAUAUGCUUUUCUUUUGUGCUGUCAACAGGCAUGUGCCUCAUUCAGAAGCCGCCCCCCCCCCACACACACACAAUGUUGAAAACAUUGUUCUCCUAGUCUCAUGUAUAGCCAUACCCUUCCCAUCUGUGUAAGGAUUCCUUUCUCCCCAAGCGGAAGGGUGUUGGCCUUUAUGUGGGAGGGAGAUCCUUCAUCACAAGUUUGUUUCACUUCUAAAUGUUACAGUUAGGGGCUGGAAAGGGGUUCUGGUGGCUGCCAAGGGCAGUUGAUAGCAAUAUCAGGCAGGCAGGGCCUUGACAUAGCAGGGUCUCCAAUUAUUAUUCAAUAAUGUGGAGAGAACAAUGCUUUUCUCACUCUGUCCUGCCUGCUCCCUUUCUCCUACCUCAGUCUUCUUUUACCCUUAGAGCUGCAGUCCAAGGAACAAGCGGUCCUCUGUGUUUAUUUCCUGGGAUUGUGGCAUUGGGCAAGUGAUGUCCUUCCACACACCCCAGUCCGUAGCCAGUCUAAUAUCACUCUUCUCCUUCAAUUGCCUCCUUAAGCUUGUUCAACCAAAGCCUUCUGAAGCCAAAGGGCCUUAUACUGAUGAGAGGGUGCCUUGGAAACUCCUAUCUAAGAGGGAACAGGUUUUCUGAAUGCAUGUAGAUCUCCCCCCAUCCUGUGAAUGGGCAGUGCAGCUGCCCACUUAAAGUUCAGAGAUGGGAGGUAAAACUGGAGAGGCCUUGUGAGGUCCUUGGAAGAAUAAAAAAAAGGAGCCUAGCAAAUGGGAUCCUUUUUGUCCCUGUGGGAUAUGGGCUUCGAUGUCAAGUCAGAAGGCCACCAAUUUUUUAUAGUAACUACAAUAUAUUUGUUUGUCGAGCUUUUAUCCUGAGCCUUUCUGGUACCACUGGAAGAAGCAUCAAAGGCUGUGGAAUCUUCCCAGAUUGCCUUGCUCUUACUGUGACAGCAUCUAGAUCCUACUGUAACAUUGAUGUAUUCUUUGUUUUUCUGUCUCGGAGCCUGUUUAAUGAAAAAAAAAUGGGGCAUCUAUUGAUUUUAUCGUCCACUAACCUGUGGAAGGGCUGCUGGCCACAUUCAGUGUGCCAUUCGGGGGGGUGGGGAGUGGGGGUGUGAUUAUUGCCAAUUCCAAGAAUCGGAGCCAGUGAUCAGCACUUUAGGAAUCAUGAAAAUAAAGUGAUUGUGCAAA